AUGUCCAUGGUGGCUCUUUUUGGUAAAUUGAGAGAGUAUGAACUUGAAUUUGGGCGUUUAAAUGAAGAAGAGGACCAAAGAAGGAAAAAGAACAUAGCUUUCAAAUCUGAGAUUGUAAAAAGCAAAAGCCUCAAAGAAGAUGAUGACUCUGAUGAUAAGAAUAUGAGUCUAAUGAUAAAGAAGUUCACAAAGUUUAUGAAGAGCAAUGGCAAAGGUCAUCACAAAAGGUAUAAAAACGAAAACCAAAACUUUGUUUCAAAAUUCAAUUGCUAUGGAUGUGGUGAAACAAGUCACGUAAAAACGGAUUGCCCAAAUGCUAAAAAGGGUAAAGAGAAGAACGACAAAAAGGUUUUCAAGAAAAAGAAAUCGGAGGAUAACGAUUCAAGUUCUUCUUCAAGUUCUUCUUCAAGCUCAUCCAGCUCUAGUGAAUCUGAUGAGGAAGCAAAUCUAUGUUUGAUUGCUGAACAUGACUCUUCUGACAGUGAGGUAAGUUCUUGUAGUAAUGACAAUGAUUAUGAUUCUUUGUAUGAUGCAUUUCAACAACUACUUCAUAAAUCUAGUAAGUUAGAUGCUGCUCACAAGAAAUUAAAAUAUGAUUUUAAGGAGUUACAAAGUAAGUUUGAAAAUCUCUCUUGA